AUGCCCGGCCCUAUUGGUCCCCAACCCCGCGAUGCUCUGCCCGCUGCGGUUUCUCUCCCCGAUGCAGGGCCGAUCUCCAACCAGGAAACUGUCUUGACAUCCCCAGUGACACCCGGCAUCAAUUUACAACCCUCGGUUUCGCUCGCCAACAAUCCCGAUGCGCCGGCUGCUCUUCCUUCACCAGUUCCGAACACCAGUUCUCAUCCCAGUCCCGUCGUCGCGCAAAAUCCUGCCUCUUCUCCACCCACGGACAGACGGCCCCUUGCUGUCCCCCAAACCGGGCACAAUGAGCAAAACGCAAUGCACCCAAGUCAGCAUGCGACUGUACCUCAACAAAAUCCAACGGUGAUAACCGCCGCGCCUCCCUGUGGUCAACACAGUGCAAGUCCGGGACCACCGCCUCCCAGCCUUACAAAUGACUUCCCACUUCAGUCUCCGACGGACCGAAGUUCGUUCCAGAGCCCGUCGUUGAUCCCAGCUGGACCUGGAAAUGUACGUGAAAGCGCAGACGUAGGGUCCAGGCCAAUACAACAGGCCCCGACUGCGAUGCAGCCCUCAGGCCUAAUCCUACCGGGCGAUGAAACAUGGGCACAAUGGAAAACGUUGUUGGAAUAUCUCAAAAAGGAAGCGCAAAAGUCCCCCGCGCCAAAGCUCGCUGGACCUAGAAUCCGCCUUCUAGUGGAUGCGUGUGAAUAUAAAGAUCUCCUCUUCCUGGUUCUACAUCAGUUAUACUGUCAACAGUCUCUUGAUGACAAAGGGCAUCAGGAAUUCCCUAUGAUGCGGGAUCAAAUUUGCCAGACUGGUCUGGUGAGGGUACAAGAGCUUAUAGAACCCAAUAUCCCUAUGGGGUGGCCAAUGACCUGGAAGUUGGCUCGCUUCCCGCAACCCCUGGAAGAAUUAAAGCACCAGGCAUGGUAUCGUGUGGCCGUUGGGAAGGUCGUUCACUGCCUCACCCGAUUGGCAACGAGUGUUGCUGAAAACAAGGCGCAUCUUUUCGAUUCGGUCUAUCGCCGAGGUUAUCCGCCGACGGUUGCUGAGUUGCUGGGCUUUUUGGACGCAACUUCACCUGUACUGAUGACUAUCAUUUUCGCGUCCAAGUGCCGAAGUCUCUAUGAAGAUAAAUCAAUGGCAAAGUUGAACAAGUUAUUUCGGCGUGAUCUUUGGGCAAAUCUUCAGGGUCGACCUUCGAACUUGACGGAAGAGUAUAAAAAGAUCCCGUUAAUGCCUAGACCAGUGCCUUUAAUGGCUCCUGUCCCACCGUCAUCUGCGUCACCGGCUGUACCAAGACCGGUUGCGAGGGCGCCUUCAACUGGUAGCCAAGCUGCUAUAGCCAGUCCGGUGAUCUCCGUUCAUUCGAAUCCGCGUUCAGGCCAAAGCUCGCCACGUGGUUUGGCAAACUCAAAUGUUCCAGCUCCGCAGAUUGUUGCUGGAGGACAGUUGCAGAGCCCAGUGUACCAACACUCUCCAUACCUUCCUCCGGAACAGCCAACUCGACAAGGACAGACGGCACCCGGACAGUUACCUCAAAUGCAGAGGUUUUGGUAUCAAGGGCAAUGCAUGCAGUACAAUCUCCCACAGAUGCAGCACCCAGCUCCAGGGCAGCCUCAGCCGGGAGAUUAUGGUCACACUCAAAGGGCGCAACAGGGCACAGUGCAGGCGCACGUACAAUCUCCUCGGACACAACAAUCUCAGGCACAAACACAGCAAGCCCUUCAUGCCCAGAUGCAGCAUUCUCAGAUGCAAACACAACACCCUACUCAAGCUGUGAUGGUGUCGUCGAAUGUCUCACCUAUCACUUCAAACUCACUCCAACAGCCACAGCCAAUCUCUCCUUGGUACGGUCAGAUUCCGCCGCAAACCCACCAACGCUCUGCUAGGCCUUCUUGCAUCACCGCUCAGAGUGAUCCACGCCAGAUCCCAUCAAUACAAAACCCUCGCACUCAUUUAUCAGGGCAGGGACAGCUACCACCCCACCGGCGCCAGUCAUCUAGGUCUCUUGCCAACGCCCCUCAGCAAUACCAAGGUCAGGGCUCGUCAGCACAGCAGCUUCCCCAACCAGGACAACAGCUUCCUCAUAAUCCAAGGGUUCAGCUUGCGCCCUUCAGGCCUUUACUCCAGCCCCCUGGCCAUCAGCUGCCGGAAACAGUGUCACCUAAUCCAACAUACAUGGCGCUACAUCAAGCUGAUCUUCGCGAGCCAGAAAAGAGACUGGUCGAGUUUGGGCCAAACAAAGAGAUGACCGAGGCCCAAUUGUUUCAAUAUCUUGGUGACCUCGUGUUGCAACCAAAAGUCAUUGAUCCGAAGGAGCUUCGGUACGACUUGAGAUUCAUUCUCACAGAUGACGUUUGCGGGAGAUUUCCACGACUCGAGCACGCAGGCAUAGGGAAACGCCCCAAGCAGAUCAUUCAACCAGGUUGCUUCAUAUUUCGCUUGCGGUGCAUAACACUGUGUCCUUCUGAACAAGAGAACUCGGAACGCCUUUGGUCGACAAAGAAUACUGUAUGGCCUAGUGUGCUCUACAUCUUUGUCAACGAGAAGGAAAUGUUUUUGCGCCGAAAAGCCCACAACGGGAAGGAUCUCCCUUUGGAUAUCUCCGAGCAUCUCCGCCCGGGCCUCAACACCGUCACAAUUCACUUACUGCUCAGACCGGAUGAGUGCAAGACUUUCAAUUACGUAUUUGGUAUUGAGUCUAUGUAUAUCAGCAAGUUCGAGUCAGUCAGAGAUCUUGCAGGCAACACAACAGCAGACCAGACUCGCCUGAGCAUUCAAAAACGUCUCACAGCGGAGGACAGUGAUGACCUGGCUGUUGUCACCGACAGCUUGAAAAUUAGUCUCAUCGACCCUUUCAUGGCCCAGAUAUUCAAGACCCCCGUUCGCGCUCGAGACUGUGAGCACCUCGAGUGCUUCGACCAUGAAACUUUUAUUAUAACCCGCAAGAAUGUGUCUGGCUUCGCUGCACUGAACGACAAUUGGCGAUGCCCAAUUUGCAACGCUGAUGCGCGCCCUCAGCUGCUGUGCGUGGACAAAUUCUUCCUCGCGGUACGCGACUACCUCGUCGCUACGGAUAAUCUUGAUGGUGCAAAUGCGAUCGAAGUGAAAGCAGACGGCAGUUGGACUCUCCAAGCCAUACGUGACGAGUCACCCAAUGCCCCACGCAGCCCGAGAGUAGAAAAAUCCCUAGCCCCAGCCUUGGGCAAGCGCAAAGGCGAUAAUACAGAGCAGGGGUCAGAUGCAACACGUCCCAAAUACGAAUACCCCCUUGAUAGAGGGAAUUCCUCACAGCCCACCGAGCCUGUCUUGAUUGAGAUUGAUUAG